AUGCUGAGCUCUUUGGGCAGCUGGCCCAGUGUGGCCGGACCCGGCCGGACCAGCAGCGCCGCGCUGUACCAGCAGGGAGCGCCGGCCGGCGCCGCCGUCCUGACCCAGCGCUCGGCUGGCGGCGGCGGACCGCCAAGACUCUGCCAUGAACUGGGACAGGGUGCACCCUGCCUCCGGUGUGGACCCGUUUGUCCCGGCUUCGACCUGCACUACUGGAGGAAGGCCUGUCGCCACUGCAGCUGCAGCGCCGCGGAGCACGGCGUCCACCAGGACGAGACGGCCGGAGCAGCUCAGGCCAGGCAGCUGCUGGACUCGGGACGGCCGCCGCCGCACCCCUACACGGCCGUCAACAGUCGCGGCGGACGGUACGGCGGCGUGUCCUCGGAGCCGACCCAGCUGGAGUGGGUGCCGCCCGGCGUGACCCCUGACCUGGCGGAGCGGUACCUGAGUUACCUGCCGCCCGGGCGGGUACCGGUACGCGGUACCAGCGGCGCCGUACUCCGUCAGCGUAGUCUGCAGACCCAGCUACCUCCGCAGGACCUCGACCUCAGCCGGUGGCAUCUCCAGGGUGGCGGACCGGAGGCCCAGAGGAUGCAGUCCUACGUGCAAGAUGUCAGACAGAACGCCGUUGGCCAGGGCAUCGUCUGCGAGUUUCCUCCUAACGGGCCGUACCAGCGCGGCUUCAUGCCGAAUAACGCAUGGAGUCCGCCGUCGGCCGGAGCGGCUCAGUGGCGCGGCGGUUCGCCCGCCUCUGUCUGCCAGCCGCUUCUCCAGGGCGGCGAGCCCACCUACUUCGCCAGUAUGGUGAGUGGACAGCCGUCAACACAGCAGCAGCAGCGGCAGCAGAACUGGCAGUCCCAGCAGCAGUGGGCACCGCAGCAACCACAGCAGCAGCAGCAGCAGUGGCAGCAGUCGCCGCAGCAGCAGUGGCAGCAGCAGCAGCAACAGCGCAGACGGGUGUCCAACGGCGGUAUAGCCGCUGGUCUUCUGCCGUCGACAGCCCAGUGGGGUCCCCAGGAGCCUCCGCCAUCGCCACAGGGACCGCAGGACUCGGCCGGGCCCGGUCCUAGUCUUCAUUUCUCCGGGAGUUUCACGGCAGAGCCGGAAUCGGUCAGGUGGCCGAGCUCCUCGAUUCACCGCUCUCCGUCGCCGUCGCCGCGCGCUCCGUUCCGCAGUAUGGGCGGCACCAGCGGCGGUCUGUGCCGCGCGCCGGUCACAAUCACCGGCGACCAGCCGUUCCGCGGUCUGCAGAGCGUGCCGCCGGCGCCCGAGGGCUCGGUGCGGCCGGUCAGUGCCCGCCGCUCCCGCUCGGUGGGCCGGCCGGCGGCCGCCUCCAGUCCCAGCCUGGCGGCGGCCGGCGGCUCGGCCCCGGCGCUGGCGGCGCCGCCCGACCGACCGGCCUGGGACACGCGCCGGCGCUGGUGCUGCCACCACUGCCGCGCCGCCAUGCAGCCCGGCGAUGUAGCCGUGUUUGCCGAGCGGGCCGGCGCCAACAAGUGCUGGCAUCCGCAGUGUUUUGUUUGCGCCACCUGCCAGGAGUUGCUGGUGGACCUGAUCUACUUCUACAAGUCUGGCCAGGUGUUCUGCGGCCGCCACUACGCUGAGCGGCAGCGACUGAGUCGGUGUCCCGCCUGCGACGAGCUGAUCUUCUCCCAGCAGUACACGGAGGCCGGUGGCCAGCACUGGCACACGCGGCACUUUUGCUGCGCGGCCUGCUGUCAGCCGCUGGCCGGCCAGCAAUACGUGCUGAGAGGGGAACGGCCGCACUGCCUCGACUGCUACCGACAGCACUACGGAAAGGUAUGUGUGACCUGUUCCCGAGGUAUCGCGCCCUCCGACCAGCGGAUCAGCCUGGGCGACGAGCUGUUCUGGCACGCCACCGCCGAGUGUUUUCACUGCUACACGUGUCGCGCCGGCCUGGUCAGUGCGCCCUUCAUCUGUGCUAGUAACAAGGUGUUCUGUAGCGACGCCUGCGCACAGUCGUUCUGAGGCUGACGGACGCCGGCGGUGGAUCUUAGCGCGGCGUAGGUAAUGUCAUUAUGUUGUGUUCAGUGUGUGCGUGUGUCCGAUAGAGCGUUGAAACCAAGCAUGCUUCGCCCAAUGUGUUCGUCCUGCAUUGGUCCUUAUUUCUCGCUACACGAAACUUAUUUUUUAUGUAAAACAAUGCGUGCUGUA